UUAUUUGUGGAGUUCCGAAGCAAAGCGCGUUGUAAUCUGACCAAAGAUUGUAAAUUUCAAGAAUAAAACAAUUUCAACACAUCGGUGAGGGCUUAAAAGUAUAGCAUCAUGUUUAUACUUUACGAAACACCGGCAGGUUAUGCCAUAUUUAAGCUGCUGGACGACAACAAAUUUAAAGAGAUCGACAACCUGUAUCUGGAAUUUGAAACUCCGGAAAAGGCGAGCAAGAUCGUUAAGUUGAAGCAUUUUGAAAAGUUUGCCGAUACAACCGAAGCACUUUCGGCUGCCACUGCCGCUGUCGAGGGCAAAUUGUCGAAAUCGCUGAAAAAGGCAUUGAAGAAGCUGGUGGACGACGAUGUACAAAAUCAGCUGCUCGUGGCCGAUGCCAAGCUCGGUAACGCGAUCAAGGAUAAGCUUUCGCUACAGUGUGUGGCAAACACGUCGGUGUUGGAGCUGAUGCGUUGCAUUCGAACGCAAUCUGAAAGCUUGCUGUCCGGUUUGCCGAAGAAGGAGAUGACGGCCAUGUCGCUCGGUUUGGCCCAUUCGCUUUCCCGCUACAAGCUUAAGUUCUCACCGGACAAGAUCGAUACGAUGAUCGUGCAGGCACAGACUUUGUUAGACGAUCUGGACAAGGAGCUCAACAACUACAUGAUGCGAGUGCGAGAAUGGUACGGCUGGCAUUUUCCCGAGUUGGGAAAGAUUCUGACCGACAACAUAGCGUACGUGAAGGUUAUCAAAUUGGUCGGCACGAGGGAUAACAUGGCCGACACGGACUUGUCCGACAUUUUGAUGGAAGAGCUUGAGCAGAAGGCGAAGGAAGCUGCUGAAAUUUCGAUGGGUACGGAAAUUUCGGAGGAAGACAUCACGAACAUUCAAAGCCUUUGCGAUGAGAUCAUCUCGAUCAAUGAGUAUCGUACACAUUUGAGCGACUAUCUGAAGGCGCGCAUGAUGGCCAUGGCUCCGAAUUUGACUGUGCUGGUCGGAGAAACGGUUGGUGCCAGAUUAAUCGCUCACUCUGGUUCUCUGGUCAAUCUGGCGAAGCAUCCCGCUUCAACGCUACAGAUUUUGGGUUCGGAAAAGGCACUGUUCCGUGCACUGAAAACGAAGAAAGACACACCGAAGUACGGUCUAAUCUAUCACGCCGCCAUGGUCGGUUCGGCUAGUAUCAAAAACAAGGGACGCAUUUCGCGAUCGCUAGCAGCAAAGGCCUCACUGGCCACACGUGUCGAUGCGUUCGGUGACGAUGUAACGAUGCAGCUGGGUAUUGAUCACCGCGCGAAGCUAGAAACCAGAUUGCGCAUGCUGGAGCAAGGCAACAGCACGAGGUUAUCGGGCGUGAAGGCGAAGGCUAAGCUACAGAAAUUCCACGCCGUCAGCGAGGUGAAAACGUUCAAGGUCGCUACUGACAGCACGUUACCGUCCACCAGCUCCAAGAAGGUAAAGGCAGAAGAAGAAUCCGCAAGUGCACCCUCGCCGAAGAAGAAGAAGGUACAGCAAGAGGAAGCUGCUGUAGAGGAAGCCCCCCCAGCUACCGAAGAGCCCGAAUUGGGAGAAGGAUCCGCCAAGAAGAAGAAAAAGAAGAAGAACAAGGGUGACUCGGAACAGCCUGCCGAGGAAAGCGUACUGGAGGAAAGCAUGGAGGCACCAGCAUCGGUAAAAAAGAGCAAAAAAUCGAAACAAAAGAAGGCAACCGAAGACGAUGAGUAAGGUUCGUUAAAAGUUAUGUUGGCAAUCGAUUUACCUAGGGAAUAAGGAACAGGGAGGGACAGUUUUAGUAGCUCCUUGAUUUUCCUCCUGGCAGUGCGCAAACAAAAGGUGAAACAACAGGCAGUGCAGUGCAGUGCGAUAUUUGUACAGCAAAUCAUUAUCAAACUACCAACAAACCAAUCGUAGGAAUAUAUUUUCUACCAAUGUUAUACAGCAGAUGAUAUCCGCUAGUGCGGAUGUAUCAGUAGAUCACAAGUAAUUGUGGCAGGCAGGCUGAAUAUUAGCAGAGUUCAGUAAGUUUUUACCUCUUUGAUGGACAGGUCUUAACAUAAAUUGGAUUUUUUUCUUUACUUUAAAAGGUAUAAUUGAAUUGAGUUGAUUUGUCACCAGUCGCUCUCACUGAUUACAACGCUAGACACUGUGUAAAGGAAGGCAGAUGUUGAAACUUUCUUAACAGUAAGCGAUAAACCUUCAAUAGUGUUUAAGAUAAUCGUAAAACAGAAUAUUCAUUUGAAAAAAUAUAUAGAAUUCUAAGCAA